AUGAAUUUGGUUGAUUCCUUAUGUGACUACUUACAGACAGAUAUUACUCGUGGAAUUUCAGAACAUGAACAACAAUUAUUGUUGAAAAAAGUACUAAAACCAAUAUGGCUUGAAAUAAAUCAUACCGGCCAAAUACGAAAAUAUCUAAUUCGUGGCUUUGGUUUAUUAUCGAAUCGGCAUACAUUUCCAAAACAAGUAGAAAAUGGUCAGGGCAAUGAGGAUGGUAAUCGAACAACUGUAACAGAAUAUUUUCGUGAAAAAUAUGGUAGAAAAUUACGUUACCCAGACUUACUCGCAGUAGAAUUAUAUACACCUGGCAAUAAGUCUCAAUCUCAUCAUCUUCAAAUGGAAAGAAAUAAAAAAUGGGCAUGUGUAUUAGUUUCAUCGUGUGAACCGAGCAAUCAUGAAAUCGAUGUUGCAUCACAUUUUGCUGCACGAUUUCGUGAGUUUGGACAUCCGCGCAAACUCCCGCGGCCAUUAUAUGUUGAAAUGGAUGAUGGCUCUUUAGCCAUCAAAAAACAGAUGAAAUCUUCUUAA